AUGUCAAGUUCAGAUUCUAGAGGUGAGGUUGAAGUCUUGGAUGAUAAAUAUCAAGUUUCCCACCAGCAACAACCAUAUGGUGAGAAGGAAAAGAAUGGGUUAAUCAAUAGUGACGUCGAAACGAUCACUAGUUCUGUUGAUUCAGUUGAUCUGAAAAAUCCUUUCUUAGAUCCAAUCGUUGCUGAUCAUUAUCGUCAACUUUAUGAAAAUUCAAAGUAUGAAUGUCGUAGUGCCUUCGAUCCUGCAUUAGAAUGGACCCAAGAAGAAGAAACAAAAUUAGUAAGAAAGUUAGAUUUUAGAGUUGCUUUUAGUGCUUGUCUUAUGUUUGCUGCUUUACAAGUUGAUCGUGCAAAUUUAGGUCAAGCUGUUACUGAUAAUUUCUUAAAUGAUUUGAAUUUAACUACUAAUGAUUAUAAUACAGGUAAUACUAUUUUCACUGUAACUUUCUUACUUGCUGAAUUACCAUCCCAAAUUAUUUCGAAACGUUUAGGUCCUGAUAUUUUUAUUCCAAUCCAAAUGUGUGCUUGGAGUAUAGUUGCUUUGAGUCAAGGUGCUUUAAAAGGUAAAGCUUCCUUUUAUGCUACCAGAGCUCUUAUUGGUAUGAUUGAAGGUGGUUUUAUUGCUGAUUUAGUUUUAUGGUUAAGUUAUUUCUAUACCAGUAAAGAAUUAUCAAUUAGAUUAUCAUGGUUUUGGACUACAUUAUCCAUUGUUGGUAUUGGAGCUUCUUUGGCCGCCUUUGGUAUCUUGAGACUUAGGGGACAUUUAGAAUUAGCUGGUUGGCGAUGGUUAUUUAUAAUCGAAGGUGCAGUUACUUCAGCAGUAGGUAUUUUAUCAUUUUACCUUAUGGUACCUUCCGCUUUACAAACAAAAAAUAAAUUACACCCUAAAGGUUGGUUUAACGAAAGAGAAGAAAAAAUCGUGGUUAAUAGAGUAUUAAGAGAUGACCCAAGUAAGGGUGAUAUGCAUAACAGACAACCAUUAACUCCAAGAAUGAUUUGGAAAUCAUUAACUGAUUAUGAUUUGGUUCCAUUAUAUAUCAUUGGUUUAAUAGCUUAUGCACCCACAUCAACAUUGGGAGCUUAUCAAACUUUGAAUCUUAGAGAGUUAGGAUUUUCAACUUUCAAUACCAACUUGUUAACUAUCCCAGCCAAUGUUAUACACAUUUUCUUGCUUUUAGGUGUUACUUGGGUUUCUGAAAGAGUAAAUGAAAAGUCAUUAGUUUGUUUAAUCGUUCCUAUUUAUACUGUACCUUUGGUUGGUGUAUUAGCUUUCUGGAAAGGAGAAAUGAUCAGUGUCUGGCCAACUUGGGCAGUUACAACUUUAGUUUUAGGUUCACCUUAUAUUCACGCUAUUCUUGUGGCCUGGGUUUCAAGAAAUGCUAAUUCUAUUAGAACAAGAUCGGUUGCUAGUGCAGUGUAUAAUAUCAUGGUUCAAUUAAGUGGUGUUUAUGCCGCUAAUAUUUAUAGAGAAGAUGAUAAACCACUUUAUCAUAGAGGUAAUCGUCAACUUUUUGGCUUAGCCAUUUCAAUGUUCCCUAUUUUGAUCUUGACUAAAUUUUAUUAUAUUUGGAGAAAUAGUUACAGAGACAAGAUUUGGAAUAAAUUUUCUGCUGAAGAAAAGCAAGAUUAUAUCAAUAAUACAACCGAUGAAGGUAAUAAGAGAUUAGACUUUAGAUUUGCUCAUUGA